GUUGCACUUUACAUUGUUGCACAUUCAUUUAUGUCUUUUCACUAGACACUUCUAUUAGUAGUCUAACUGCGAUAUGAUUGGUUAAUUAUUUUCAUGCGCACUCUGUUGGGAAUGUAAAUAUUUAUUGCAAUUUGAGGUAUAGAAUUGUAAAUGGUUUGCAUUUAUCACUGAAAACUCUAGUUAAGAAUAUGAGUCAUGGGCUAUGCAUUCCUAAGUUCAUGUAGUGUCAACAAAUAAUCUGGUUUACGUUGUCUUCUCAAUAAGAAUUAUUUUUAAAUUUAUAUAUUGUAUUAAAUAUAAUUUAAAAGAAAAUGUCGUAUCAGUUGUAUAGAAAUACAACAUUAGGAAAUACAUUACAAGAAAGUCUUGAUGAAUUGAUUCAGUAUGGACAAAUUACACCACAACUUGCCAUAAAGGUAUUAUUACAAUUUGAUAAAGCAAUCAAUCAAGCACUUGCUACUAGAGUUAAAUCACGACUUACAUUUAAGGCUGGAAAAUUAAAUACGUAUAGAUUUUGUGAUAAUGUUUGGACAUUUAUGCUUAAUGACGUUGAGUUUCGAGAGGUACAGGAAAUUGCUAUAGUGGAUAAAGUAAAAAUAGUUGCCUGUGAUGGUAAAACACUAGAUGCAGAUGCAGCAGCAAAACGAUAGCGAUCGUUAGAUUACCUCAUAUUUAUAAGGAACGUUUGCUAUUGCUUUUUAAGUACACUUAGCUUUCGAUUUACACGAUAGAUUGGUUUUUUAAACAUGCCAUGUAAAUUGAAAUCAUGCAACUCGAAUUCAAUUUAACAAAUCCAUAUGAAAUAGUAUACGUCUUCUUUCAAUCAUUUUUUUUUUCUUAAUUAUAUUCUAUCUUUAGCUUGUUCUUUACUUUUAUUCUAAUCUAAUGUUGUUAUCUAAUGUUGUAAACAAAAAAUAUAAUGUAAUUACAUUUGUCUAACUGUAUUAAGUUGAAAUGUAAGUGCUAAGCAAAUGGAAGUUUUUUUGCAUUUCUUCAAUUGUGUUAAAAUGAAAUCGUGCAAUUCGAGGGUUAAGUGUACUAUAAAAUAAUACAUAUAUCAUUUUUACAAUAGCUGAUAUCUUAAGAAAAUACAAUGCAAAUGCAAAGUA